AUUAAAAUCCCAUCUGCAUAUAAACACCAGCUCCGAUCUUCCUCAUUCCCUACCCUACUCUUGCUUUCCUUCAACCUCAAACACAAGUUACACAAUGCAAAAACCCACAUUUUUUCCGGCAACGAUGACCGAGAUGUGGGCCACAAUGGGCUCGACGUUAGCCAGCUUCAUGUUUCUGUGGGCGAUCAUCCGCCAGUACUGCCCAUAUGAGCUUCGCCGCUUCCUUGAAAAAUACACCCACAGGCUCAUGGGCUUCUUUUAUCCCUACAUCCGAAUUUCUUUCCACGAGUACGCAGGGGAUAGGCUGAAGCGCAGCGAAGCCUAUGCGGCUGUCGAGGCAUAUCUCAGCGCCAACUCUUCCAAGAGCGCCAAACGGCUCAAAGCAGAGAUGGGGAAAGACAGCAGCAAUCUGGUUUUGAGCAUGGACGAGCACGAGAGGGUGACGGAUGAUUUUCGUGGGGCGAAAGUCUGGUGGCUGUCGAGCAAAGUCGCGUCGGCGCCGACGAGGUCUAUGGGGUAUUAUCCCGAGCAGGAGAAGCGGCUGUACAAGCUCACGUUUCAUAACAAGUACCGUGACAUGAUCACCGACGCGUAUUUGGAACAUGUUGUGAAGGAAGGGAAGGAGAUUAGAGUGAGGAAUAGGCAGAGGAAGCUCUACACGAAUAGCCCUGGCUACAAGUGGCCGAGCUACAAGCAAACCAUGUGGAGUCAUAUUGUGUUUGAGCAUCCGGCAACCUUUGAAACAAUGGCUAUGGAGCCGGACAAGAAGCGGGAGAUCAUUGAAGAUUUGCUGACUUUCAGCAAGAGUAAGGACUUCUACGCAAAAAUUGGGAAGGCGUGGAAGAGGGGUUAUCUGCUUUAUGGGCCUCCGGGGACUGGGAAGUCGACGAUGAUUGCAGCAAUGGCUAAUUUGUUGAACUAUGAUGUUUAUGAUCUUGAGCUCACAGCUGUGAAGGACAACACGGAGCUGAGGAAGCUUUUGAUCGAAACAACCAGUAAGUCUAUAAUUGUGAUUGAGGACAUUGAUUGCUCGCUUGAUCUUACUGGCCAGAGGAAGAAGAAAACAGAGAAAUCUUCUGAUGAUGAGAAUGAGAAGUUGAGUAAAGAAAUUGCCAAGAAAGAGGCGAAGGAAGAGGGUAGCGGCAGCAAAGUCACUCUUUCAGGGCUGUUGAAUUUCAUUGAUGGGCUGUGGAGUGCUUGUGGGGGAGAGAGGCUGAUUGUUUUUACUACCAAUUAUGUGGAGAAGCUGGAUCCGGCACUCAUAAGAAGGGGUAGAAUGGACAAGCAUAUUGAGCUCUCCUUCUGCAGUUUCGAGGGGUUUAAGGUGCUUGCAAAGAAUUACUUGGAUCUUGAAAUGCAUCCCAUGUUUGAUGCUGUUCAGAGGUUGAUGGAGGAGACCAAGAUCACCCCUGCUGAUGUUGCAGAGAACCUUAUGCCAAAGUCCCCAACGGAUGAUGCAGAUAAAUGUCUAUCGAGCUUGAUACAGGCUCUCGAGGAAGCCAAGGAAGAAGCGGUGAGGAACCAAGAUGAAGACGUGAAAGAGACAACCAUGGAAGAUGUUGUCGAGUCUCAAGUCGACAAAGAAACUGAAAAAACAUCGUAAUUCAGAGAAGCAACCAUGUUUUUGAAAUAAUUUUCAUGUAAAAAGUUUCUGCAGGCAAGUGCCAAGAUAAUGGGGGAUCACUUUCUUGUAGAAAUUGGAGAAUCUAUAUUUGCCUGUCAAAAUUUGAAAGAGAAAAACCAGUCAACACAAGCAAUUUUAUA